AUGUCAAGCGCAAUUACAAACGAUGGUUCGGACGUCAUCUCUCGGGUUCUCGUGUCCGAGGGACAUUUCCCUGUGUGUACAACAGAUAUUGACAGCACUUUUUGUAUAGACUAUACAGCGUCAUGGAUCAAGCUUAAAGGAGUCAAGCACAUUGGAUUACAAUUUCCCGACGAACUUCUCAAUAUUUCGGUGUCGGUUUGCCAAAAGCUGUGUGAGCAGUCUGGCGAGUUCUGCUUCAUCUUGGGCGACAGCUCUUUUGCGGGAUGCUGUGUGGACGAGGUUGCCGGUCAGCGUUUCCAUAUUGAUGCCCUCGUUCAUUAUGGCCGUGCUUGUCUAUCCGAACUUUCCGGUCAGCUUCCGGUGUUAUAUGUUUUUGGUCAAUUAAAACCUGCUCAAGCGCUCAAUUCUGACCGAUUAUCGGGCGUAGCUCAAAAUAUCCUGGGGAACCUCUGCUCUUCCGUUUCUCCAUCAUUUCGUCUGCCGGUUGUUAUAACGUACGAUUUUCGGUUCCAAACCAUCGCCUAUGCAGUGUAUCAGUAUCUUUGGGAUGCGCUACAAGAACGCGAAAGUGGUACACUUCCUCUGCUUGUCUGGUCGGAACCAAAUUUGACGUCUCCAGCUGAAUCUGCUACUCCAUCCCCAUUUGGUUGCGAUCUUCCGCCUUCCGUCUUUAAACGAUGUGGAAGAAGUUUUCAUUGCAUGGGAGGAACAUUGCCCACUCCCCACUGCAGCUGGACUUUGAUCCAUAUUGGAUCGGAAUCAGAUAAACUAGCAUUUCACCGAAUACUACUCGGUUUCCCAGAAGUCUCACGGGUUGAAUCCUUUCUCUUUGAUCCCCUCUCAUUCGUUCUAAAACAAGCGGAUGCAGCAAUUCAAAGCUUUGUUAAGCGCCGCUCCUAUCUUGUUGAGAAAGCCAAAGAUGCACAAAAGAUUGGCAUUCUCAUGGGCACCCUGUCAGUACGGGGUUAUCAAUGCAUCGUGACGCGUCUUCAGCGCCUUUUAAAGCGACUCGGACGUUUCUAUGUUACUCUGGUGGUAGGCAAGCUAAACGCCGCCAAACUGGCCAAUCUCCCGGAGUUGGAUCUGUUAGUUCUGGUUGCAUGUGCAGAAACCAGUUUGCUGGACUCACGCGAGAUGCUCAUUCCGAUCAUAACUCCGUUCGAAAUGGAGUGCGCUUUGAGCGGUUUGGCUGCUAAUGCUGCUGAUCCGACAGGGGAUGGUGGACUUGCGGUGCGUGUGUGGACCCCAGACAAGAUAGCUAUUGACUUCCUGGAUCUUCUUCCUGGUGGAACUUCCUACAUCCCUGAAGAACAAGUAGUUCCAGCACAAUCCUCAACAGCUGAAGAAGUUGUAGAUAUCUCCUUAAUCACUGGAAGGCUUCGUGUGUGUCAAUCAACCAGCAAAGCUAGCACCACUGUGGACGGCUCCAGUAACAGUGCUCUAGCUACACGUGGCGAGUGGGCAUUAGUGGGAACUGAGAACUCCUCAUCCAGCUUCCAGCGUUCCUGGUUUGGCUUGGAUCCAUUGCUCGGUCAGACUCCAGUUGCUAAGGUGCAGGAAGGUCUCCAUGGCCUGCCGGUGCAGUACACAAUACCGACAGAAGCAGAACAUACUAACGGCAGUCCAGCAGCAGAUAGCUGACGCUUCUCUGUCUUCUCUCAUUUGAUGUCAUUUGUUCAGGGAACCAAUCGACGAUGUAAAUUUUUGUCUUGUCUUUUGUACCGACCACUAUACAACUGUGUAAAUAUGGGGUGUAAUAUAGCUUUUGGA